UUGACAUUUAGAUUUAACCAUAGAGUUGACUGUUAAUCACUCGAACCGAGGGUAUUUAUUGUUAAGUUAAUAAUUUAUUUCUUCACGUUUCCUCUACGAAACUCAGCCAAUCUUCUUGACAUUAUUAAAUCUUAGUUUAGUUUGUGCAAAUCCAAAGUAGAAAUAGGUAUGGUAUGUCGCCCUUAUUGAAUGAAUGAGUGAAUAAUUUAUUAUGAAAUGGCUGGCAACACUGUAUUGUCUCUGACAUCUUGUGAUCACAAGACCUCUGAAUUUUUAGUUUUCUGUCAAGGCAAAUAUUGGGCGAAAAAGGCCGUCCCAAUCGGGAAUAACGGGUAAAAAGGUCCAAUUUAUUCAUUAAAUAUCUCAAAAUGAGAUACUUUUUAACAUACCUCUUUGUGCUCCUCGCGUCCAUCGCCUUCGUUAUAUUCACUGGAUUCUACCUGUUCUCCGGGAAGGGUGAGCUUAUCAGCUUAGGAUGGUUCCUCGAGAAUACUUCUCCUUACAUGUGGGGAGCGCUGGGAAUCUCCCUAGCCGUGGCGCUAUCCGUAGUGGGCGCCGCGAUGGGAAUCCACACCACCGGAACGAGCAUAGUGGGCGGAGGUGUGAAAGCUCCCAGGAUCAAGACCAAGAAUUUGAUCUCCGUCAUCUUCUGUGAAGCUGUUGCCAUUUAUGGAUUGAUCACUGCUAUUGUACUCUCGGGAAUGCUGGAGAAAUAUGACGAGGACACAACUGACGCUAAGAUCAGAGCAACUAACUUCAUGGCUGGAUACAUCUUGUUUGGAUCAGGUCUAGCUGUAGGCCUAGUCAACUUAUUCUGCGGUAUUGCUGUGGGAAUUGUGGGCUCAGGAGCAGCCCUAGCAGAUGCAGCAAAUGCAGCCCUUUUUGUGAAAAUUCUAAUCAUAGAAAUUUUCGGAUCUGCCAUCGGGUUAUUCGGGCUCAUUGUUGGAAUAUACAUGACAUCCAAAGUCAAAAUGGGCAGCCAGUAACUUAAGAAGAAGAUACAUUGAAUUAAGUUGUACCUCAGCACUGGAUUGCUCCAGCCAUUGCUCCAUCUAAACUUAAAAUUCAAUAUAUCCAGUGCUUGAAAUUGAACGAUCGAAAUAAAAUCCCAGGAUAAGUUUGCAAUCAGGUACCUUACAGAGACCACUUGUGUAUGCACUAUAUAACACAUAUAUCUUGAUGUGUGCUAUUUACAUUGUUAAUUAAUUUCAAUAUAUUGUAAAAAAUCUGAUCUUAGCACUUUAAUCUAUUUGUAAACAAAUUAUACCAUUCAUAAUAUUAUCUAGUUGUAAUAGGUGUUGUUAGACAUGUAACUUAUUUACUGCAUUUUGUGCUAAGGUCUCAGAUUUUGACAGCUUUUGAUUGUAUGGAGUGUUUUUUGACAUGUUUACUUACCUAUAGACUUUUGUUUUGUAACUUCAUUUUGCAGGUCUUUAUUUGAACAAUUAUGAUAUACAUUGUAAGAAUAUCUUUUCAAAUCAUGUAUUUAUGAAAUCAGUAAUCAAUACUGCAGGUGGACUGCUUAACUGAGUUUUCGCGCGCAGGGUGAUAGAGGCGAGGGGGAUAGGCGACAAAGGGUAUUUAGAGUGGAAGUGGAAGGCAGGGAUCAGCUGGUCGCAACCUUCUUGAUACCCUCGCAGGUGAGGGCUCAAUAAAGUGGUCAUGCUAUAGUUGCAAUGAUAUCUAAUUGUUGUGUUAAAGGCUUAAAACAUUCCAUGAGACCUAAUCAGUUUUUAUAGCCUAAUCAGUUUUUAUAGCUUUGAUUGGUUUGUCAAGUUAAUAGCCCGAGUGAUACAUAAUAUUGUACAUAAAUUAUUAUACUUUUGGCAUAGAAUAAGAUAUUUUUCAAUAAUGGACACAUUUGUAUUGUAUUGUAGUUAUAAAAUCAUGUUACAUAUUACUACCGCAAGUUGAGAGUUCCCUUAUGAUAAUCCUGUAGAUUUUGGAAAAAUGAGAUGUCAAUAAGUAUUUAAUUUUUCUAUUCUCUUACAUAAAUGUUGGAAAGAAAAUUGUCAGAAAUUGUUACUUCCAAUUGUAAAUAUUAGUUUUGCUUCCCUGUUUACUAAUUUAUUGUACUUGUAAAGUCAUAUCCAUAGCAUAUCCUAAGGUUCGCGAUAUGAAUACUAUGGUUAUCAUUCAAUAUUUACCUAUCUUGUCUAUGGUGCCCCAAAUUCAUUCUCUGGCACAAGAACCCAAUCUAACUGGGGUGGAACAAACAUGGAUAAAAGUAUUAUAUCAGUCAUAAUUAUCGGUCUACUGAUGUAAUUCUAAGUUAAAAUAUUUGUGCAAAUGUAGAUAUUAUGUAUGUUGAUGAAUAAAUAGAUAAAAGUUU